UGUGUGUGGGGGUGUAUGUGUAUGUGUGUGUGCGUGUGUGUGUGUGUGUGUGUGCGCGCGUUGACGUCCUUGUCAGUGUGAGUUACUGUAGCCUAUCAAUCACCCAUCAUGUGUCAGGUAUGGAUAUGUUGUUUACACGGAGUUAGUUACAUGUUACAUAUAAGGAAGUGGUUAACAGGUAAUUUUCGAUACAAUUUUUUUCACAGUUCGAUACAAGAUUUUCACAGUUUUCAACACAUAUGAUUUGUGCUGAUGCGAACAACGUGCUAUUUUGCCAAGGUUUAUUAGCUCGAACGAGGAAAUGCUCCUUUGGUCUUUUUUCUCUUGCUUCUAUUCGUGAUCAUUAUAUAUAUAUGGAUAGAAAGUGCUGACCUCUGGUGUGACAACAGAAGGCGAUGAACAACCCGGCAUUCCACCAAGAGCAGAACGACGGGUCUCCGCAACAAGUGUGCGCGCGUGUUAAACCGCUGGCUAUGGACGACGAUAACGAUGACGACGAGAACAAGGAACGCGGUAACUGGAGCGGCAACUUAGAUUUCUUCCUGUCUUGUCUCGGCUAUGCCGUUGGUCUUGGUAGCGUGUGGAGAUUCCCCUACCUCUGCUACCGGAAUGGAGGAGGGGCUUUCUUAAUACCCUACGUCAUUAUGAUGAUCUUCGUGGGACUGCCGCUGCUAUACCUGGAACUGUCUCUCGGACAGUUUGCAAGCCUUGGACCGGUUGGCUUGUUCGGAAAUAUAUCACCUGUGUUUCAAGGUAUGGGGUAUGCCAUGACAAUGAUAUCGGUGUUGACGCCACUCUACUACACCGUCCUCGUUGCGUGGACACUCUAUUACCUGUUUGCAUCCUGCCAGAAGGUUCUACCGUGGUCAGGAUGCAAUAACGAUUGGAACACCGACUGUAAGCUGGCAUCUUAA